AUGAACAAUCUAUCCACGUUUUUCUUUCAAAACCUAGACCCAGUAGCUGGAAAUUUCAAUGAACAAAGUCUUUCGAAUGCCGAGGUUUCCAAAUCUGAUUCAUCCAAUGGUCUUCGAUCAUUGUCUAGACCAGUAGAAGAAACGACUAUCGACCCAUCUGUGCUUAAUACUUUGGGCACCGAAGAGGUAGACUUUUUCAAUAAGUUUCUCGGCUUCACUACUACCCCGAGUGUUGUUCCCAACGAUCCUCAAGUGGACUUAUUGAAUCAAAUUCUCGGUAUGCCAACAACUGCAUCGGCUGAAUCACCACCAUUGAUUCAGAACCCCGAUAACUUGGACUACUUGUUUGGCGAUGAAGCUGAAGACUCUAACACUAGCAAUUCUUCAUCCUUGGAUUUAGAUCAGUCUGAGGUAAGUCAAGAGGUAGAAAGCAAGGCACCGGAACUUUACCGAUCCACUUCCUCCUCUACACCUGAAUUUCAUGGCGACCAUUCUAGCGAGUUGUCCAGCGCUCCGGCCAACAGUUUUAAAGAUCAUCAACAUCAACAAUACAACAUACCACCACUUCAAGUCUUUACUCGACCCUUAGGUAUGGAGGAUGAUCCUUUGAUUGAGCAUUCACCACGAUUGAGUCAGAUGAUGAGGUAUCCCGAUGAGAUUCCAAUCGUCACCCUUGGAAGAGGAAAGAAGAACACGAGGAGUUUGAUCGAGAUGAGUGAAGGAGAAAUGGAAGAAGCUUUACAUGGUUUAAAUCCAUCUCAAAGUCGUCAAGCUAAACAGCAACAAGCCAUCAAGGAAUGGAAUGGUGCUUGUCAAUCUGCUUUAACUAAUGAGAUACCACAACAUCAAGAUUGGAACUCGAAGAACAAACUUCAUCUGACUGUUAACACCGCUCCUGAUCACCAAAGCCAACUCGACCAUCAAUCCUUUAACAAUUCUAUCCGCCAACAAUAUUCUUUGUCCGGGAAUGCGAACCGUGUCAUGGAAGGUGUUAUGAUGGCUCCUCCCAGAUCGGCUCCUCCAGAAAUCCGUCAUCACACUUAUAACUAUCUUCCCAAUCAACACAAUGGAAUCGACCAUCCUAAUGUCACUUUAGCUUUACCUACCCCUCCAUUAAGUGCUGGGAUCCACUCAAACUCUAAUCACGGAUUCGAUUUCUCUAGUUACGGAAGACUCAGUGCACCUGGCUAUAUGGGACCAAAUAGCUUACCACUGACUCGAUCGAUGAGCGACUAUGGAGCAGUCCCGAUGGCUAACCUUAAAUCUCCUUCUAAUUAUCUCAACGUUAAUCAUCAAUAUCUUCAAAUGCAACCAAACCAGAAACGAGAGUUUGAGAAAUCGAGCUUUGGACAAGCCGCUCAUCUUAAUAAUUCACUUGCUUUACCUACACCACCUUUGAGUGCUGGAUUGAGUUCGGGUACUAGUUUAGAUUUUUUUGAUUUCUCUAAUCAUUCGAUCCAAGGCUCACUUUCACACUUAGGUACCAACCAUGAUGUACAUGUUAAUAUGGCGACCACUAGUAAUCCAAGCUCAGUUCCAAGUCAAUCAAGCUUUCAAACUUACCCUACUUUACCUUUACGAUCGAAUAUUAAUAAUCCUUUAUCAGGUCAAUUUAAAGUACAAGAAAACCAAAGUCGAACUCGAACGAUUUCAUUUGGAUUAGAAGAAAACCCAAGUAAAAGAAGAUCGAUUGAUCCGAACCAACGAACCGAUUUACAACAAGAAAACCUAAGUACUCAAAUCGCCUUGAAACCUAAACUGAUAGGAUCCAGAUUAAAACCCGGACCGAAAGCGAAAUCGACCAUCGUUCAACAUCCUCCUAUCCAAGCCCAAUGUAAACUUUCGAACAAUGGAGUCUCUGAGAUCGGAUCGUUACCUAAAGAUGUGAUCAGAUGUUUGUAUAACCAUUUAGAUCAGAUGGGUGAAGAUGGAAAGAUGAUUAAGAAUUAUGUGUGUCAGAUUGAAGGAUGUGGUAGGGUGUUUCCUAGAAAGACGGCUAUUGAGAGUCAUAUUCAAACUCAUUUGGAAGACAAACCGUUUGUUUGUCCAGUACUGAAUUGUAAUGCUGCUUUUGUUAGACAACAUGAUUUACGUCGUCAUGAACAUAUUCAUUCUGGAAAUAAACCUUUCAGAUGUGAAUGUAACAAAGGAUUUGCAAGAGGUGAUGCUUUAAUGAGACAUCGUCAAAGAGGAAUCUGUAUUGGUAGUACAAUCCCUAGACGUUGUUGAUUGAUGAUUCUUUAUUUUGUUUGACUUUUUGUUUUUGUUUUUUCUUGAUGAUUUGAUACUUUUUUUUUUGAUCAAUUAUCUACUUCUUGAUUUGAUUUGUUUACUUUAAGAUCUUGAUCUUAUCUACAAUUUCUUUUUUUUUCUUUUAUUUAUCUGAUUCUGAUCAUUGGAUUUCGUCUUUCUUAUCUGAUUUUAGUUGGUUUCUAUGCAUCUCAUCUAAAAUUUCAAUUUGUCGUUUUUGUUUCCUUAUUUGAUUUUGAGAUUUAAUGAUAAGUUUUUCUAUCUUUAUUUCAUCAUUAAAAUCUAUUGAACUUUUUCUCUUUUUCUUUAUCGAUGGAUCAUGUUGAUCUUAUCUUACAAUUUAACUUUUUUUUUAAAAGAUCUUAAUUUUAUGUUUUUUGUUUCUUUAUUGGUUUAUCUUUUCUUGCUUGAAAUUUCAAUUCACCGAAUUUAAUUUCAUCUUUUUGAUUUUUUUUCAAUCUUUACGUUUGUUUGAUAUCACUUUCUAUAAUUCUUUUGAAUGAUAAUAUAGAUUUAUGAUUCCUGGAUUUUUCUCUU